UUUUCAUGUAAAACAUUUACCCACAAAUUUACACUGUAUGUACAGCUAAAGCUCUGUGUGUGUGUGUGUGUGUGUGUGUGUGUGUGUGUGUGUGUGUGUGUGUGUGUGUGUGUGUGUGUGUGUGUGUGUGUGUGUUAAACUGUAAAAAUCUACAGCUAGUGAAAAGUUUCAGGAAGAACAGCACUGUGUUCAUUUCCCUUCAGUUCUUCUGUGGGCUGCUGGUUGUUUGUACUUCUCUUCUCUGGACUAAUUCUCUUCUCUGGACUAAUUCUCUUCUCUGAGGAAAAAAAUGCAGGCCAUCUUUGGAAUGCUGAUGAUGUUCAUAGGAGCUGCCUCGGGUUUGCUGUUUCAGGAUCCUGUUGUGUAUAAAUUUAAUAAGAGUGAUCAGUGUUAUGUAGCUCUGGGAGAACGACUUCACCUGCAAAUACCUCCAGCAUAUGCGUUUAACCUAAACAUUAGAGACAAGAUAUCUGGCAAUUGUAUAAUUAUAAGAUUUAGAAAAAACAAUCCUCUCUAUUUAGAAAAUCACACCAGAUGGCAGUUUGUUAAAGAGAAUAAUACUAUGAUACUAACCAGUGCAGAGAGAAGCGACUCUGGAACAUACAUUUUAGACACCAGUGAUGCAGGAGGAGCUUUAACAGGCAGUUAUACUCUCCAGCUACACACUGAAGCUCAGGUGUCCUCAGUCAGUGUGUGGUACAAAUGCUUGGCCUCUGAGGACAUUAAAGUGCACUGUUCUGCUGAAGGAGACGACCUCACCUACAGCUGGACUUCUGAUUUCAACACACUCUCUCAACUGGAGAACGGGACCAGCACACUCACACUGAAUAAAGGGCAUCAUGGAAACGUCACCUGCUACGUAAAAAAUCACGUCAGCCAAAGCCACAAUACUACUGUACUGCAGCCAUGUCCAGGUUUGCUGUUUCAGGAUCCUGUUGUCUGUAAAUUUAAUAAGAAUGAUCAGUGUUAUGUAGCUCUGGGAGAACGACUUCACCUGCAAAUACCUCCAGCGGAUUGGUUUAACCUAAACAUGAGAGACAUGACAUCUGCCGAUCGUACAAUUAUAAGAUUUAGAAAUAACAAUCUUGUCUAUUUAGAAAAUCACACCAGAUGGCAGUUUGUUAAAGAGAAUAAUACUAUGAUACUAACCAGUGCAGAGAGAAGCGACUCUGGAACAUACAGUUUAGACACCAGUGAUGCAGGAGGAGCUUUAACAGGCAGAUAUACUCUCCAGCUACACACUGAAGCUCAGGUGUCCUCAGUCAGUGUGUGGUACAAAUGUUUGGCCUCUGAGGACAUUAAAGUGCACUGUUCUGCUGAAGGAGACAACCUCACCUACAGCUGGACUUCUGAUUUCAACACUCUCUCUCUACUGGAGAACGGGACCAGCACACACACACUGAAUAAAGGGCAUCAUGGAAACGUCACCUGCUACGUAAAAAAUCACGUCAGCCAAAGUCACAAUUCUACUGUACUGCAGCCAUGUCCAGGUUUGCUGUUUCAGGAUCCUGUUGUCUAUAAAUUUAAUAAGAGUGAUCAGUGUUAUGUAGCUCUGGGAGAACGACUUCACCUGCAAAUACCUCCAGCAUAUGCGUUUAACCUACUCAUGAGAAACAAGACAUCUACCAUACGUACAAUUAUAAGAUUUAGAAAAAACAUCCCUGACACAUCAAAACCAAAUUUCCCCAGAUGGCAGUUUGUUAAAGAGAAUAAUACUAUGAUACUAACCAGUGCAGAGAGAAGCGACUCUGGAACAUACAGUUUAGACGCCAUUGAUGCAGGAGGAGCGUUAACAGGCAGUUACACUCUCCAGCUACACACUGAAGCUCAGGUGUCCUCAGUCAGUGUGUGGUACAAAUGCUUGGCCUCUGAGGACAUUAAAGUGCACUGUUCUGCUGAAGGAGACAACCUCACCUACAGCUGGACUUCUGAUUUCAACACUCUCUCUCUACUGGAGAACGGGAUCAGCACACUCACACUGAAUAAAGGGCAUCAUGGCAACAUCACCUGCUACGUAAAAAAUCACGUCAGCCAAAGUCACAAUUCUACUGUACUGCAGCCAUGUCCAGAACCCACAACAACGCCGACCAUCAGUGUCUCAACAAGCAGCAACUUCACAAGCUUUGGUACGAUUCCCUCAGUAGUCAACAAAACGAUUAACCCGACCCCCCAAUAUACUUUCCCAGAGUUUCUACAAUACACAGUGAUUUUCCUGAGCGUGUUCUGCGUGCUCAUCAUCCUCAUAUUCAUCGUGGUGUUCUAUGUGUACAGGAAGAAUAAAGGCAAAAAGAGUGAAGCAGCCCCUCCUCAGGGCGAUAGGGAGCUUGUGUACACAGAGGUCAACCAUAAGCGCCAGAACAGGAGUGAACCCACAGCCGGGACGUCCCAUGUUCAGGACGAUAAUGUGGAGUAUGCAGCUGUGGCGAUUGAAGGCAGCAAGAGGAAAACAAAGAAGAAUGAAGACGAGGUGCAGUAUGGCGAGCUGGUGUUCAAUACUCCUGCCAAAAACAAGAGCAAAGGGCCCAAAGUUCAAGACGACGACUGCGUGUAUUCGCAGGUGCACCACAGCCGGUGACAGAUUUCUAAUUUUAUAUCGCAUUAAAUUGCCGCCUGGAUAUCUAAAUGCAAUGCCUGUAACUAUAUGUUUAUGUAUUUUGCAAGAUCAUUCUUUUAAAGGAAGUAGCUAAUGCAGACAUUUCACCCAAUACACUUGCAUCACUCAUGUCUUACCCAAAAGAACAUGUCAUCCCACCAUAAAAGAAAAAUGUUUCAAUAUUUAAAUGUGAUUAUUGAAUAUUUUAAUCAGCACAGUCCAUUCUGUUAGGACAAAUAAGCCACUAGUGUUAGGACAAAAAUGGGGUUGUGGUUGGACUAAGUAUAAAUCAUCUUUUUCUUCACUCCUCACAAACACAGUUGUUUAGCAGAGCUGUCAUAUUUACAGUUAACUGUCUUAUAUACCAUACAAGAAAAUGUCUGACAUUUACCACAAAUGUGUGACAUAAAUUGCAGACAUACGAAAGACAGACAAAGACACAAGACAGAAAUUACAAUCUUGAUUGGUUAUAACGAGCAUAUAAAUCAGCAAGUAAUUGCCUAAGCACUUUCUCUAUCAAGACUACUGUCAUUUUUUUCAUUUUUUUGCAUUUGUGUCUGAACCCAUGUCCACUCGCAUAUCACACAUGCACAUCUUCAUCAACAGCUAAAAAAGUUUUAGUCAGAAACUCUGUUUUAAGAGUCAGAUCUCGACCAUGUGCUAUAACCCGAGCUUCGAACAAGCUGGGAUAUGUGAAGACUUUACUCUGUGUUGGUGAUGUGGUGGAUUCGUGGCUAAAGCGUUGGAUUUCGGACUCUGGAUUUGAUUUGUGAGUUCAAAUCCCAGCCACAGCAAGCUGACUUAGCUACUUAGCUGUAUAACUGAGAUAAAUGUAAUUUGAUCUGUAAAAGCCUUUCUUUAUUGAUAUCAGCAACAGGGUUGAAAAUUUUAAAUCAUAAGACAUUUUCAGUAAAAAACACUGAAAAAAAGAACAAUUGUAUCAAAGAGAUUUGAUGUUAGUUAUCAAAUAUAGAUGUAGAUAAGGAUCUUAACGAUCGAAUGCAGAGUGACUCUUACCAGGGUUCUAAGAACAAAACAUGAUUUCCUUUAAACAACAGUUUUCAGACUUAAUGUCUGACACUUUUUUGACUCUAUUUUUAUUGUUGUAUGUCUAUGAAACAGCGUAUAACAGUUUAAAGCAUUCACUUUUCUAUGAAAGCGCGAUGCCCUGUACUGCAAACUAAAUCAGAUUGUUAUAAAGCAGUGGCACUGAACAACUACUUUUUACUGUUUUUGUAAAUAUGUAUGGUUUUUUUUUUAUUAUUAUUAUUAUUAAUGUACAUUACACCUGAAUUAUGUGGAGAUUCCAGCAUACAAAUCACUUUGCAUAAACUUGCACAUGAUAUAAAGCUUGAACUGUCCUUUUUUUCUUGAAUAAUGUAUUUAAUUAUUUUGUUGUUUGGACACAUUUUUAUAGUUUUAUUUUAUUUUAACAAAACUGUAUCCGUCUGAGCCAUUUGACGGCAAUACUAAAAAUGGAAAUCUGAAACAGAAGCUUGUAGCAUUUCUUUUAUUUUUUUUUUAUUUUUAACUAAUAACAUGCCUAUAUUCAGGAUUAUCCUUAAAAUUUGUCAUAUAUAUAUAUAUACAUGUAGAAAUUAUUAUCAAAGCUAUUACUGAUCAGUAUUAGUAUUAUUAUUAGUAGUAUUACCUUUUUAUCAGUAUUAAUAUUAUUAGUAUUAUUAGCAGUAGUAUUUUAUCAGUUCUUUUUCACAGACGAAGAGAAAAUUAAUAGGAAGUUGAGUUUAAACUUAGGACACAGCUGUCAGUUUCUCACACACAUUAGACAUUGGUUUUUUUCACGUGCUUUAGCAAGAAACAUAAAAGGGGAAGUCUGAAUUGCUACAUUUCUUUUCAGUGUCACAAGUGUCUUCAUAAAAAACUGCCAUCUUGACUGUGUGGUCAAAGUCUGUACAUAAGAAGAGUAAUAUUGUGCUAUGAGUGUAUUUUUUAAACCAUUAAAAAUGAAUAAUGAGUAAAUAAUUUCCCAUCUUAUGAUGUAUAAAACAGUGGUGUUGAUUCGAAA